GCUGAAACAAAGGGAGUGGCAUCGCUGUAUCGCAGAAUUACAGCCUUGCUUAAGUAGGCGUAAUAAGUAUGGCAUGAACGUUCAACUUGACUGCGAUCCUCUUCUGCUCUCAAACCAUCAUGAACUACCAGAUUCACCGUCCAUGUCAUAUCAACGUCCUCCCAGUUGAGAUACUAUCGUACAUAUUCACGCUGGCCACCCAUCACACCGCAUCCACCGAUAUUGAUCACAAAGGAAGAUAUGAGGUCCCUUUCAGUCCUGAAAGUGUCACAAUGCCAACUGUGCUCGCUUCUGUACAUCGCCACUGGAGACAUAUUGCACUAUCCACCUCGACUUUGUGGUCAAGCCUCUCAAUGAGUCUUGAGCAGGUUGUUCGUUGUAAAGUUGGAUCAGAUGCGGACGCAUAUACCACUUUCCUCGAUGUGCAGCGCCUGGCCGCUCAUAUCGCGCGGUCACGAAACUCCCCAGUGGACAUUCUCAUCGACACUCGAGAUCCAGAAUGGGACUUUGAAGAAGAGGAAGAAUGCUCACCUCACAAUGCGACGUUCUUCCAAUAUGCCACUUUCAUCCCCCAAAUUCUCGACCUCCUGUUCCCGCAGAUGUAUAGGUGGCGUUCGCUGACGAUCCUCAGCGACACGUGGGCACCUCUUCGUGUCGCUCUUGAACGUCUCAGUGUGCCUACUUUGAUAAAGGGCUUGGGUGCUCCGCACCUUGAAACUCUGAUACUCAUGCGAUGCAACGAGUUCUUGGGUCACUCGGAUGUCUUCUCUCCACGCACACAACAUGUGUUCGACGGGAUACCAUUCGCUGCUUUGACGGGCGCGCCACACCAUGAUCUCUCUGUACAAUCUCACCCCCUUCCGAAGCUGCGAAACCUAACUCUUGUCGGCGUUCACCUAAACUGGACACAUCUCUCUCGUUAUACUCUUGGUGUAGCCCUCAACGAGCCGCUUUCAUAUGUUUCCAGCUGCAUUCAGUCGUUGGAGCUUUCUCAACAUUGCCGUGAAGUCAGGCCGACAGUUGAUGAGUUUACAGGGAUUCUCAAGGCUUGUCCUCUCUUGCGAAAACUCGUGAUCAGGGUUUCUGGACCGAAGUUUGAUGCAGGGGUGCAACGCAGCGAUCGUCCGGUUUCGCUUCCCCUGCUUGAAGAUAUCCAUUUGGGGUAUACCAAUGUCGAAGAUGCUGCCAUGCUUCUCAGUCACAUCCAUGCCCCUAACCUCAUCUCGAUUUCCAUCGAAGAUGCCAAUCACAUCGCCAGUCCUGAUAUCGAGGACUCUGGCCCUCUCCUGACUUAUCUCGCAACUGGCUUUCUUGAUUUGUGCGACAUCUCUACGGAAGCUGGCUUGAAUCAUGGAGUGUGCACCUCCUACUUAGCCACGUCCAACGAUUCCGUCAAGACGCCGUUCCCACACCUGGAGCGAUUGUCGCUCAACGGUGUCGCUGCAUGCUUGACUCCCUUCAGUCUCUUGAUGGCUGUCAUUCCGAAACUCCGUCAUCUGUCGCUAUCUCGUACCCCAAGUGCGCUGCUAGCUCUGUUACCCAUCCAGACUCCUUUUGCGGACGUCAGUACGCGCACCAUACCUUGCCGUGCCCUCGAGUCCAUCGAAAUAUUCUGUAUUGAAGAACCAACAAAAAACCUCCUCGAGUUUGUGCAGAGGGAACGCGAGCAGAGCGGUGCGCCACGUGUAUGUAACAUCGACAUCCACCUUGAGGUAUCCUCCGCGGAUACCGGUGAAGAGAACGAAGGGUACCAAAUUAUUGAAGACGACAUGGUUGAGAACCAGACUGGAUAUGGGGAGUGGGUACCAGACGAGCAAGAUCCAUUUGCGCCUGGUGGUGCGUUCAAUGAUCCCGAUUUUGACGAAGCAUAUCAUUAUCUAUCGUAAGCAUCGAAGCCUUGCGUACACUGUACAGCCCUAUUCUAUAUUACUUGUAGUCGUCGUAAGCAGCGGAUAAUGUUAUUAACCUUGUUGUGAGCUACUUAUCAAUCCAUUCACA